GCUGCCAGUGGACAAUCAAACCUACACACCCACCUCUGUCUACACUCGCCUGUUCAACAUUUCUUACUUCUGCUAGAAAAAUACAUAGCUACACCAGACCUCUGAGCUCUGAAUCGCAUCACGGCGCAUCGUGAUACACCAGCAGCAAUAGCUCCAAAAGAAAGCACAACAUGGAGUCCCCUCCAGAUCCAGCGAGCGACCCGGGCAACGGCGUCUCAGAGCCGGUUACCCCGGUCAGGGAAACCCCGGUAAACCUGGAGACCCUCCGCAAAGCUGAGCACCAAGCCCCGGUGCGCCGACAGAGCUGCUCCAGCACCAACAGAGGUAUUUCAGUAACAAAGAAGACACACACUUCUCAAAUCGAAAUAAUUCCCUGCAAGAUCUGUGGAGACAAAUCAUCAGGCAUCCAUUAUGGCGUGAUAACGUGUGAGGGCUGCAAGGGUUUCUUCAGGAGGAGUCAGCAGAGCAAUGCUGCGUACUCAUGCCCGCGUCAGAAGAACUGCCUGAUUGACCGCACCAGCCGGAACCGCUGCCAGCACUGCAGGCUGCAGAAGUGUCUGGCCGUGGGCAUGUCACGUGACGCGGUGAAGUUCGGUCGGAUGUCAAAGAAACAGCGGGACAGCCUGUAUGCGGAAGUGCAGAAACACCGGCUCCAGCAGCAACAGCGGGACCACCAGCAGCAACCCGGUGAGGCCGAACCCCUUACACCUACAUACGGCCUUUCCACCAAUGGCCUGACCGAGCUUCAUGAUGACCUGAGCGGCUACAUGAACGGCCACACACCCGACGGUACAAAGCCUGACUCGGGCGUCAGCAGCUUCUACCUGGACAUCCAACCCUCACCCGAUCAGUCCGGCUUGGACAUCAACGGCAUCAAGCCGGAGCCCAUCUGCGACUUCACCCCGGGCUCGGGCUUCUUCCCCUACUGUUCCUUUACCAAUGGGGAGACGUCCCCCACCGUUUCCAUGGCUGAGUUGGAACAUCUGGCCCAGAACAUUUCCAAGUCCCACAUGGAGACGUGUCAGUACCUGAGAGAAGAACUUCAGCAAAUGACCUGGCAGGCAUUCCUUCAGGAGGAGGUGGAGAGCUACCAGAACAAGCCCAGGGAAGUCAUGUGGCAGUUGUGUGCCAUUAAAAUCACAGAGGCCAUUCAGUAUGUGGUGGAGUUUGCCAAGCGCAUCGACGGCUUCAUGGAGCUCUGUCAGAAUGAUCAGAUAGUGCUUCUCAAAGCAGGCUCUUUGGAGGUGGUGUUCGUCAGAAUGUGCCGUGCCUUCGACCCUCAGAACAACACAGUCUAUUUUGACGGAAAGUAUGCUGGGCCUGAUGUCUUUAAGUCAUUAGGCUGCGACGACUUGAUCAGCUCUGUCUUCGAGUUUGGGAAAAACUUGUGUUCUAUGCACCUCUCUGAAGACGAGAUCGCCCUGUUCUCCGCCUUCGUGUUGAUGUCUGCAGACCGGUCCUGGCUCCAGGAGAAGGUGAAGGUGGAGAAACUCCAGCAGAAGAUCCAGCUGGCCCUCCAACAUGUUCUACAAAAGAACCACAGAGAGGACGGCAUACUGACAAAGUUGAUAUGCAAAGUCUCCACGCUGCGAGCCCUGUGCAGCCGGCAUACGGAAAAGCUGACGGCGUUCAAAGCAAUAUACCCAGACAUUGUCCGUGCCCACUUCCCCCCCUUGUACAAGGAGUUGUUCGGAUCAGACUUUGAGCAGUCCAUGCCUGUUGACGGGUAGCGCUUCCCUGCGCCCACCCCGCCCGGGGGGAAGUCACACCGUGGGGAAUGUCAAGCAUAAAUCUGAGACACUUUAGCAGUGCCCUGCACAUACACACACCUGGACGGACGACACACUGCACACACACACACACACACACACUUUCCCCUUUUUUUUUCUUCUUUUUUUUUUCCCCUUGUGAUUUUUUUCGUGGGGGAGGAGGAGGUAAUGGACUGGGUUUGACUCCAGUGGUUUAUUUUUGGGGUUUGUUCCCUUCUUUUACUGACACAGGUGGGAUUCGGAGCCCAGGGGAGAGGAUGAGAAGAUGAAGACACUUGUUUUAUUUCCGAACGCUCCCUCGCUCUCUUUCUCUCUCUGACUGAACCUGAAGAGUCCACGCGUACCUUUCCAGAACGGUCCCAUGGCGAUUUGUCACAAUCAGCAUAAAUUGUUUUGACUCGUUUCCAAAGCGGAAAAACGAUUCCCAGAGCGCAUUCGCCUGGAAUCCAGCAUUUUAAACUUUUUACAGGAAGAGGAACACAGUUUAAAGCCCUUUUCAAGCCAAGAGAAUGAAACAAAAAAGUUGAGAUCAAAAAGUCGAUUAUCCGAACUGUUCCAGCAGUUAUUGUAGCACCAAAAAGAGUCUACGUAGAAACAUACGUGGCUGGUUCCUUCCUUCGCUGUGAGCUUGGAUUUUUUUGUUUUGCUUUUUUGGGGAUGUCAAACCAGCACCGAACAAAGAAGAAUAUGAAUUGAGAGAGAAAGAGAGAUACGGAGAAGGAGUGUAAUGCAGAGUUGACACAAAACAGCACCUUUCUACGGACAAUCGAGAAAAAAAAAAAAAGAAGGAUCAACGUAGAAUUCUGGUAAUUCUAGUCGUAAUACACGCGAUUGCUUUUAGCCGUCAGAGACUCCAUCUACCAUAGUUAGCUUAGUGAUAUCGUUUAAGGCCAUCUGCUAUUAAGUCCCUCUCCGGAAUGGUGUUCGUAACGUAACGGUCCGACCACCAACAUCAAUGCAAUGCAAGGGUCCAUUCCACCUGUUUUCUAACGUGUUACAGGGUAUUUGGUCAUAAGUACAAACUAUACAGAAAAAAAAAAAAAAUGUUUAUAGAAUCUAUUUUAAAUAACAUGUAUGAUAUUAGUAGCUAGACUAUUCUUAAUUGUGAAAAAUUGAUAAGGCACUUUUAUUUGCACCUUUCUUUAAUUUAAGACUUGUAUAUUUACCUAGUGAUGUGUUGCAUGUAUAAAUACCACGGUUAUGGAGAACGAGUGCUGGAAACCCUAAAGCUGCUGAGGGUGGGUGCGUGUUUGAGUGCAUGUUUGUGUAUUUAUUUGCGCGAGGCGGAGGUUGGUGCUGGGUAAAGGUGGAUCACGUGAUCUGGGAGGGCAAUUUUUCCAUCACAUAGUUACACUUUAAAUGGGAGCUAUGAUGGUAAAACACCAGAUCAAGCUCUAGUUCUUGUUAUUUUGUCCUCAAGUAUAACAUCCCAUUGCAGGACAAACCUAAGAACACCGAGUCUUAUUAAUGGUGGACCCUUUUUCCACACAUUUCAUAUGCUGUUUAAUGGUUCCAUCUAGUGGUGGUGCACCACAUGACCAUGUGGAGGAGUCAGAUCUGAUUGUCCUUAAACUGGCUCUUGUGAGGGUCUUUGCCCAGCAACAAUGCUCAUCGGGAACGUAAGAGUGGAAAAAAAGACGAAAAAAGAGAAAUAUUCAAAGCCUUGUCUGGUUGAAAUCCUCUAUUUUUGUAACAUUGUACAGUGCUUAUGAAGCCUAUGAGAGAAAAAAAGGGAAAGAACGAAGGAUGAUAUAGCACUUAAUCCUGCAAUAAUUAGAAUUUGUGUGUUUUUUAUGAUUUUUUUUGUCUUUUUCAAAGAACAAGACAAUAGUAGUAAUAGUGCUAUUUUUUGGAAUACCUAAAUGUUGUGUGUUGCGCGUGUUUGUACGUCUCUUGAAUGUGCCAUAGUGGUCUUUCCUGCUUUUUUGAGUCUGAAAAAAUUUGUUGUAUUGUAACAUUCCAGUAAAACUAUGUAGUGGCGUAUGGAAAAUCCCAAUAUAAUCCAGAAAAAAAACAUCAUUGAUCACCUCUACAACCUGCUAACUGACAUUUUGUCCAAAUUUGAGUGGAUCUUGGUAGCUUCAUGUCAUUUUUAUUUUUUUCCCCCAUGAUACAAAGUAUUUUCCUCAGGGAAGAGUCUGUCUAACUAAAUUUGGAAGCCGGUAGCUUAAACAAGUUAGUCAGCUCUAUGUUGCAUAUAAAGCUCAAUAAUUUGAUCUUGAUGGCAUGUUCAAUACAGAUAAAUAAUGGCGCUUUUAUUACAUUUAAGUUCUCUACUAUUGACAAAAUACUAGUCUGUGCAAUGCAUUCCCAAGAAGUCCUAGUUACUACAAUACAUCAUCAAUCUGUGAAUGACAAUCCAGGUUCAUGUUUAGUUCCUUGUAAAUCAGCAGUUUGUAAACUACACGGCUCAGGGAGAGUAAUAUUGCGACAACUGAGAACACAGGGAGAUAAUGAGAUCAGUUCCAAAACCUAGUGAGCUGCCUAACUAGACAGCAUUUUAGCUGUGCUUCCGACACAGAAAAAGUUGGGAAGUAAACGUGCUCCCUCAUUACUUCGUUUUGGUCAAAUUUCAAGUCAAUCCCAGAAUGUACUGCGGAAAAAAAUCAGUAAAAACGCUCUGCCUGCAUGGUGUAUGAGUAACACCAACAACAACUAAAAAAGCUAAAUUAUGAAUAUCAUUCAGUACCAAAAAUAAUUGAUAAAUAAUAGUCAUAUUUUAUUAAAAAGGACAUACCUACCUAACAUUUAUGGGGAUAUGAUUUUUAAUGCUUAUUAAAGUAUUAUGCUUUAGGAUAAACACAAGCUAUCAUGCUAAAACUCAAUUGGAAUCAAUUGUGAGAGGAGACAACAACCCAUGUGUUUCACACUAUUUGUGUGACUUAAAGUGUUAUUGUCUAUGUAGACAGGUCCAAAUCAGUCACUGAGGCUCUGUUUACACCUGGUAUUAAGAUGUGUUUUGGACACUCGGAUCACAAGUGGACAACACUAAAACCAGGUGUAAACAGGGUCUAAAUCAUUUUGAGCUUGUCCACUUUCGACCACUUCCAGAGGUAGUUGAAUACGCAUUCGACCGGAUUGCUUUCGUAGUGUAAACGUUCAUGUGGUCAAAUGCAUUCGAACAGCCACAAAAGACCACCUACUCUCUGCCUACUGACCUAACGCGUAAACAUUAUGGGAAGCGCAGUAGCCAGAUGAGAUUUAAACUUUGUCGACUGAAGACCCAAGUUUGACGAAAAAUGUACCAAGCACAAUGUUCUCUCACCAUUCCUGAUUUCUAACACACACUCAACGUGUUCAGUCGGUCUUGCGGCUGUCCGAUCGACCAAAACUCAAAAAUCUUAAUACCAGGUGUAAACAGAGCUUUAGAAGGUGCUAUUUCGGAGGAUGCUUCCUAUGUAGAUAGCAAGACAGCUCACUAGGAACAGAGUUAAAGCCAAACAAACCUGGUAAUGAUACAAAACUACAAAUAGGAAUGUUCAUUUUUUAAACCUUUGUUUUUUAUCUUCCGCAAUUUAUGUGCUCAUGUCACACCCUGUUAUUCACUAGCAUCUGUGCUGUCAAGUCAAAAGAAGACAGCGGUACAUCAUAAACCAUACAAAAUGUGUCAUUUCAUUCAUUCACCCCAUAGGCCAGUGGCUUUAUCAAAUCACCCAGCGAGCUCCAAGAUCUAAUUCCCUAAAAUCAAACAAAGCAAGAUAACAACCUCAAGCGUGGUACGCUAAUUUUCAGUUUUGUUUUUCUCUGGAUCGGGAUUUGUUCUGAUCGUCACUCAUAAUUGUUUGAGUCUAUGUGCCAAAUACCUCUUCACGAUUUUCUCCACCUUCAGACGUCCGCGCGGGCGAAUCGUCGCGUGUGACAAAUACGGGUUUCUACAGGGUAACCACUGCUGUGGAGUCCCCUUGAUGAACAAGCUUUGCGGUUGCCUGUCCAAUGAUCAAGUCAGUUUGAUAAAAAGCUGUAGUGAAGUCAUGUUUUGCCACUUUUGCAUGUCGUAUUUUGUCAGUGUAGUUAGACAUUUAAAAGCAAUAUGCUAUGAGGUAGAACUUUGGGACAAAUUUAUUUUUUCUAAUACAAGCAAAGGUACUUAAACACCUCCAGAUCUGUGGUAUUUUAGACAUGUAAAGAGAAAAAUCCUGUGUUUCUCUUAUCGGUGGAAGAUCCAAACAUUUUCCCUUGGACUUUAUUGUAAAUUGUUUUACUUUUUUUUUUUUUAACUCUGGUUCCCUUUUUUUUAAUCUAUGUGAGAAGCAAUAUACGUCCGAAUGUGGAUGCGAGAAGCGGAAAUGUAUGUGUUUGUGCUAUUUGUAAUGUUUGCUUAAGGUCAAACCCCCAGACAAGGCUUUAAAAGAUCAGAUGCAGCAGGGUGAGAUGGUGAAUUGUAUGUAAGAUCUUAAGUUUUUUUUCCCUGGAUUUUAAAUGUUUUACGUAGCACUGAGCUUGAAUCCCUUUGACGAGGCUGUACAAGCAUGACACACCGCACCUCGACGUUAACAUUUCGAUUAGAUUUAUGCAAACGCAAGGCCUAUGCACUCACAUUUGAACUUCGGUCGAAAGGCACAUUUACCAUUUUUUUUUUGUUUGUUUGUUUUUUCCCGCAAUUCCAAUCUACGGAUUGAACGUGUCAUGCUCGCGACAGCAUUCGAGCUGAAGGUUGAAGUGUUACUAAGAUUUACGUCAAUCAUUUUCCUUGCGUUUUCUUUCCAAAAGCACAGCUGACGCGUUAUUAAAAGUGAACUAUGUUUAGAUAAUAGACUAAAAGAAAAGUCUUUAGCCAUAAUCGAAUGUCAAGCAAUAAUAUAUAUGGUGUAUUAUGAUUAAUUUUGUGCAUAGGCUUUGAACAUCUGCAUGUAAAUACAUUUUCUUAUUUAUCGCGUUAAUUUUUUUUUUGCUUUGGGUUUUUUUUCCCAAUUUUUUUUGGUUUGUUUUAUUUGUAUAUUGACUAGUUCUGUUCCCGGGUGGAGAACUAUGAACGUCAAAUGGCCUGUAAACUGUACAGCUACGUUUCCCUGUCCUCCUUUCGGCUUUUAAUUCACAAUAUUUAAUGUUCUAUCGAUCACAUGUAUAAAAGUAACUUUGUAACUUCUGUCUGUAUAGGUAAGAAGAAAAUACUGCUAUUAAGACCUGCUCAGUGCAAAUAUUUAUCUGUUUUAUCAGACACAUCAUGCUGUACAAUAUCUCUGUUCUGAGUAUACUUCUCUCUUUUAGACUUAGUUCAAUUAGCGGUAGGGUGUGCGGACAUUAAUUUUUGUGUUAUACUGACGUGUGGUGCUAGGUAAGUUACUUUUGUGAAGAAAAAUUAUGGAUUCAUAGACUAGGCCGCCCUCUUAGUCCAUUAAUUUCACUGAGUAUUGAUGCAUUAUUGAUAUUAGGACUCGAUAAAUAAUAAUAAUAAUAAUAAUAAUAAUGAUAAUAACAAUAAAGUUAACGAUAGUGGUAAAUUUACGUUCGAAUACCCAGCAAGUACCUGUAUCAGUGUGCUAGUCUUGGGACGCGGCUUGUUUCCUUCCCACUUUUAAGAUUAUUAGCAAGUAUCGGCUAAGUAAUUCGCAAUUUAGAAUUUUUUUGCAACAAAGACGAUUGUUCAUGCUUAAAAAAAAAAAAAUGGAAAAAAGCAGCAGUAUUGUGUUUAGUUUUGAUUGUUCGAAACCAGUGCUUAUUUUCUGGAAGGACUUUAAACACGCGAUAAAGUAUCGGAUUGUCUGCCACUUUUUGGCUUCCUCCGUUUUUUCGUUUUUUUUUUUUUUUUUUUUAAAAACAAGCUUCGUUUUUUUUCUAUCCGACAUCCGCUCACUUACAUACACACACAACGGUUAAGUGUUAUAAAUUGUACAGAACAAAGGUGGUCGUACGAAGUUUUGUGCGAAACUUCCUGUUUUUAUCUUUGUAGCAAGGCAGAAUCUACUUGCAAUAAUACAUAGCAAACUACGCUGAGUGCCUCUCAGUGGUACAGGAUGCAGAAACUAUAUUCGUCCGUUAUCGUUUUCACCGUUCUCGACGUACUCAAAUGACUGUGUUUGCACACGUAGGUGAAUUCUGUCUUGUGUUACCGACUUUUCUUUUCAUCGGCUGUCUUUUUGUAUGUAAAUGAGGCAUCUCAUGUUUGUUUAUAGCCAUGGAAACAGCAUUUUAUUGUCUCUGUGAUGUCCCGAAGCUACUCUUUCUUUUCCUCCGAACAACUUCACGUGGUUAUGGGACACUGCAUCCAGUCAGUUGCACCCUGGUUGGAUGUAUUUGAACACGAACCCUGUUUGGAUAUUUGCAGAGACAAACUGGCGGACAAUAGACAAUCCACUCCGUGUUCUCCCUGUUGUUUCCUGCCAAUUAGGUUUUAAGUUGACGAUUAUGAAACAAAAUGACUAAUGCAAUGUAUUUUAAGUGUUCAUAUGUGUAUGUAAAAUGAUGCAUACUUCUAUUUCUUGUUGAGCUGAAGGGGAGGCACAAGGGCUGGGGCAGGAUUUUUCUCCUGCUAACCUGCGAUGGGGGGAAAAAAAGCAGAGAACGGUUUGCGGUUGUCACAUAUUUUUACGUCACAUGUUUGCUACUGAUCUUAAAAUGGGGACAGUUGAUCAUGUACCUUUUUAUUCAGCUCUUUGGAACUCUCUUUAGGAGAUAGUCUCUUCUCAAUAGUGGUUUUGCUCCUUCUGUUUGUCUGAUUCUUAAAUAUGAAAAUAAGUAUUUUGAUUCAUUUUGUAAAUACCGCUGUAAAGAAAAAUAAGAAAUUUAAUGUUGUCUUUUAAAUACUUUUCAUUCUAAUAUGAAUGUUGUUAUAUUGUACUUAGAAACUGUACCUUUAAUAUUACCUUUAUUAAAAGUGCAUUUGACACAUCGAUUUUAGAUGUGCUUUAUGUGCUGUUAUCCCAUAAUAAAAUUUACCGCUUGUAAUGGGCUCUUA